AUCCCCUCUCUUUCCUCCAGAGCACACAGCUGGAACCCUCCUUGCGGAAGGUGCAGCCCACGCCUCACCAACAGGGCUCGCCUUGGUGGCCAUAAACAGGGCCCCUCCGUCUGUCCCUGGGUGAAGUGAGGACUGGGAACUUGGGAACGACCUGUGACACCGCACCCGGAGAAAACGAAAAGCAGAACGCUUCUCACCUCUUAACUUUUGCUUUCUACCUCGGCUCAGGGAAGAUCAGCUUGAGGGGUGUUCCCGACGAUGAAGACUGUGUGGGGUAUCGCAGCGUUGUUGGGGGUAGUUGCAGUCAUUAUUAUAAUAACGGUUCCAUCUGUUUUGCUGACCAGGAAAAAGGCUGAACCUGCCUAUGGGAAAACCUAUACCUUGAAUGAUUAUUUAAAAAAUACUUACAGGGUAAAGUCUUACCCCAUAAAGUGGAUUUCAGAUACUGAAUAUCUUCAUAAAAAAGAAAACAAUUUAGUGUUAUUUAAUGCUGAAUCGAGAAACAAUCGUACUCUUGUGGAUAACACCACCAUAGAUAAUUUGGGGUAUACAAUAAGUAAUUAUUAUGUCUCUCCUGACCAGAAGUUUGUGCUUUUUGAAUAUAAUUAUCAUCAGAUUUGGAGGCAUUCCUACACAGCUUCAUAUGACAUUUAUGAUUUAAGUAAGAGAGCAUUGAUUCAAGUUGAGAAAAUUCCAAAUACUACACAACAGAUCUCCUGGUCACCAGUUGGUCACAAACUGGCAUAUGUUUGGAAUAAUGACAUUUACAUAAAAAAUGAACCAGAUUUGCCAAGUUUGAGGAUCACCUAUGAUGGAAAAGAAAGUGUGAUAUUUAAUGGAAUAACUGACUGGGUUUACGAAGAGGAAGUCUUUAGUGAUUACUCUGCUCUGUGGUGGUCUCCAGACGGCACUUUUCUAGCAUAUGCCCAAUUUAAUGAUACAAAAGUUCCUAUCAUGGAAUAUUCCUUCUAUUAUGAUGAAUCAUUUCAGUACCCGAAGACUAUUCAUCUUCCAUAUCCAAAGGCAGGAACAGAGAAUCCAACCGUAAAACUAUUUGUUAUCAAUACAACAGCCUUCAUUCAAACUCCUAAUAAUGACUCUUCAAAACAAAUUUUGGCUCCUGCUUCUAUAUUAGCAAGUGAUCAUUACUUGUGUGAUGUGACAUGGGUGAAUGAUAAAAGGAUUUCUCUUCAAUGGCUCAGAAGGAUUCAGAAUUAUUCAGUCAUGGAUAUUUGUGAUUUUGAAGAACAUAUUGGAAGAUGGAACUGUUCAGUGAAUCGACAGAAGAUUGAAAUAAGUUCUACUGGUUGGGUUGGAAGAUUUAGACCCUCAGAGCCUCACUUUACAUCAGAUGGUAAUAGCUUCUACAAGAUUGUCAGCAAUAAGGAUGGUUAUAAACAUAUUUGUCAUUUUAAUGUUGACACAAAUGAAAAAACAUUUAUUACAGAAGGACAAUGGGAAGUGAUUCAGAUAGAAGCUCUUACCAAUGAAUAUCUAUACUACAUCAGUAAUGAAUACAAGGGAAUGCCAGGAGGAAGAAACCUUUAUAGAAUUAAUCUUGAUUCAUCUAAACAUGUGACAUGCGUUACCUGUGGAUUUGAUUCAGCAAGGUGUCAAUAUGCUUCGGUGUCAUUUAGCCAGAAAGCAAGUUAUUAUCAACUAAAAUGUUCAGGCCCUGGCUACCCCUUUAGCACUCUGCAUAGCAGCCUCAAUUUUUCAGUACUUGAAGUGCAGGAAGACAACACAGAAUUGGAAAAUAUGCUGAAGGAAAUCCAGAUGCCCCUCAAAAAAAUUGACUUCCUUAUGAUAAAUAAAACAAAGCUUUGGUACCAGAUGAUUUUGCCUCCCCAUUUUGAUAAAUGCAAGAAAUACCCUCUUCUAAUAGACGUAUAUGCAGGACCCUGUAGUCAAAAAGUUGACACUACCUUUAGACUCAGCUGGUCUACUUACCUGGCUAGCACAGAGAAGAUUAUAGUUGCUAGCUUUGAUGGCAGAGGAAGUGGCUAUCAGGGAGAUAAUAUCAUGCAUGCAAUUUAUCGAAGAUUGGGAACAUUAGAAGUUGAAGAUCAAAUUGAGGCAGCCAGACAAUUUUCAAAAAUGGGCUUUGUGGACAAAGAACGAAUUGCAAUUUGGGGCUGGUCCUAUGGUGGAUAUGUCACCUCUAUGGUCUUAGGAGCAGGCAGUGGCGUCUUCAAAUGUGGAAUAGCUGUAGCACCAGUAGCACGAUGGGAAUUUUAUGAUUCAGUAUACACAGAGCGUUACAUGGGACUUCCAACAGCAGAAGAUAAUCUUGACCAUUACAAGAAUUCAACAGUCAUGAGCAGAGCUGAAAAUUUUAAACAAGUUGAGUACCUCCUUAUUCAUGGAACAGCAGAUGAUAAUGUUCAUUUUCAGCAGUCAGCCCAGAUCUCCAAAGCUCUCGUAGAGGCCGGUGUGGAUUUCCAGGCAAUGUGGUACACAGAUGAAAAUCACAGCAUUGGGACCAGUUCAGCACACCAACAUAUAUAUACUCACAUGAGCCACUUCCUAAAACAGUGCUUUUAUCUCCCUUAGCACCCAAGUGUCUCACUCUGUAUUUCUUUUUUAGCUUAUUAAAUAGCUAUUUUUUUCUCAUUACCCAAAACUGCACUGUGUCAGUAUAACUAUCUUGGGGAAAAUAAACUCAAAUCAAGAAAUGUAAGGGUAUUUUUGUUCCUGAAUUCCAUACAUACAACAUGAAGUCAACAUUUAAGUGGAAUUCUUUCUUGCCAACAUACUAUAUUGCACUGCAGCAUUUUGGAUAUAUUCAGUGGGAUUUUGUUUAGCAUCCAGAUCAUUUACAUGUCAUCUGCUAAAACAAAAAAGAAAUGAAUUGUUCAUGUGCUACGUUUCCACAGGAUCAUUGGCCUGUUCCCCUGUCCCCAACUGGCCUUCUGCAAAGAUUGUGAACCUUAAUUAAAAGCAUGGAAAAUUGAAUCAGAUGAAGUAGGAGAAAGAGGGAUUCUGUAGGGGAGCUUUACCUAAAUAUUCAGUCCCAAUAUCUUUUACCUUGUAUUUACUACUAAUUAUAGCUGUACAGCAGAGACUGGCCUGAUAUGUGUUGCACAGCUUUUCUCAGAAUGGAAAGUAGAUUUUCAAAGGUUUUUCCUGAGUUAAACCACAAUUAUUAAAUGGAAUUCUAAACAAUUGGAGGACUCAGAAUAAUUGUCAGUAAUGAGGAGCACUCUUCCAUGAUAUCUGUGGUUACAGGUGCUAUGAAAACAAAUAGUACUGUGAAAAAAAGUUCUCCACCACUUUUUUAAUGUGUUAAAAAAAAAAAAAAAACAACAACAAAA